CCGCUACAGCGCAUGCGUUAGAUGCUGCCUGCAUGGCACCAUGGUAACGGGACGCGGAGCCGGGCCCGUGUGAGCGGGGUUCGCGUGCGGCCGCCAUGUCGGACAUUCUGUGCGAGUGGCUGAACCGGGAGGUGAAGCUCUCCCGGGCCGUGGAUCCAAAAUCAUUCCCAAAAGAAUUUUCUACUGGCUACCUAAUUGGAGAAAUUCUGCACAAAUAUGAACUUCAGGAUGACUUUAACCAAUUUUCACAAAGCAGGGUCGCAAACUCUAAACUUAACAAUUUUUCUCGCCUGGAACCAACAUUUCAACUCCUUGGUGUGCAGUUUGACCAACAUGAGGCCCAAAAUAUCAUGACUGAACAGCAUGGGGCUGCAACCAAGCUUUUGUAUCAACUGUAUGUUGCCCUAGAAAAAAAGAAAAAGGCGGGGCUCACAGGAGUAGCCAUGGAAGCAAUGAGACCUGCAGCACCUGCAAAGCUCCAGGGCAUUGAGAGCAAGUUGUAUCGAGAGCGUCUUAGAAACCUAAUGCCGCGGCAGACUGACUUGAGACUGCAGCAGGUUUCAGAGCAUUUUGAAAUGAAAUCUAAGCACAUGGAAAAUAAAAUAGCUUGUAUACAGUUUGCAGAACAACAGAAAGUUCAAAAAAUCCAGGAGGAGCAAAGAGCCCAAGACAUUGAAAAGCAUCGUAAAGGAAGAAGGAGACAAAAUGAAAUAAUGGCCAGGAUUCAAGCAGCUAUUAUACAGAUUCCAAAACCACCAUUAAACCGUACCUUGAAAGCUAUUGAAGCCCAAAAAUUGUUAAAAAAGAAAAAAGAAGCAGAGGAUGUAUACAUGGAAAUUAAGACGUUUGAGAAGUUUAUGAGGAAAGAGAGCCCUACUUCUAGUAGCACCCAAGUCACUGACAGCAAUGUACAGGACACCUUGCAGAUACAGGAGUUAGACUCAACAGCUCCAGACACCACAGCCCAGACAACUACUGAAUUGUUGAGCACUUAUUCAGAUGAUGAAUAUAUAAGAAAAAUUCAAAAACGCCUAGAGGAAGACAGUUUUGCCCGGGAGCAACGAGAAAAAAGACGACGGAAGAUGUUAAUGGAACAGCUAAUAGCCCACGAAGCACAAGAGGAGGCUUACCGGGAAGAGCAACUUGUUAAUAGAUUAAUGAGACAGUCCCAGCAGGAGCGGAGGAUUGCUGUACAACUCAUGCAUGUUCGUCAUGAAAAAGAAGUGCUAUGGCAGAACAGAAUUUUCAGAGAAAAACAGUAUGAGGAAAGACGACUGAAAGAGUUCCAAGAAGCUCUUGACAGAGAGGCGGCUCUUGCAAAACAAGAAAAAAUUGAUUAUGAGGAACAUAUUUGCAAAGAAAGAGACCUACAUGAGAAAAUUGCUGCUGAAAGAGCAGAGGCUCGAUAUAAAAAGCAUUAUUCCAUGUGUUGGGAAGUGAUUGACCAAAUUAUUGAUCUGUCAGCCAAAACAGGAGAAUAUCGAAUGUUGACAAACAACCUAAUUCCAAUGAAACUGAUGCGAGAUUGGAAAGAACUUUUUUUUAACGGAAAACCAAUAUAUGAACAAGCGUCGAUUGAACCUUUGCCAACUGAGCCAACCCCAGAACAACUUGUAGAGUUGGAUAAAAUGAAUUUGCUAGAUGAGAAAGAUUAUGAUGAAUAUAAGGUACCCCUAACUGACAUGGCAUAAUGAAAGAAAAUGCACCUUGUUUACUCAUGAUUGUUGACAAUUUGUUGUGAUGUUAUAAUACAUUUGGUUUUUCGGUUUUUUUUGACAGUUCAUGAUGAUAGAAUUAGAUAUAAAUUUUCAUGUAGUUACAGAUGUUUUCACAUUAACUCCAUAUUCGUCUGGGAGUAAAUAAUAUUUUCUGUUGCUGGCAUUUGAAAGCCUGUGCAACCCUGAAACUCUUAAUCCUUGUUUGGCCUUGAGUGCAGUAACACAUUUCAUACUGUAUAUGAACAACUGAUGUUACUAUGAUGUUACUGAUGUUACAUAACUACAACACGUGAAACUUCAGUGCAAUUAUUUUUAAGUAGAAAUUAAAGUGUAGUUAAUGCACCACAUUAGAAAAUGUAACACAAAGUAGUCAGCAAAAAAACCCCAAGACUAAAUAAAAACAGUGCCUGUUACAAGAUCUGGUAGUCCUGUAAAUACUAUUUGCAACAAGUUGUGAAUUACACCUUUGUAGUGGAAUUUUAUAUUUGGUGAUCCAUUUAUUUUAAUAAGACAACAUUUUAAAAAAGAAGUUUUGAGAAAUGGCUGAUAUUGUUAUGACCAUGCUGUAAUAAUCUAAGUGACAAUUUUUCAGAUCCUAUAAUCUGUUUCCUGCAAUUUUAGAACACAGAAUAAUUUAACAAUUGAAAAUUGAAGUAAGAAUGUUAAACUGCUUUGGCCAAAGUACACUACAUAGUUAUUUUUCCCCCAAUUCAGUAUUAUUUAUUCUAUUGUUUGAAAAAGAAGCUUUUAUGCUUUGAAUCUUUUCUGACAGUCUGUUUAGUAUAAUAUAGCACAAUCAUUGUAAAUAACUUGUAUUUCUGUCUUUGUUGUUUGAGAAAUGAUUACCACACGAUAUGUGCUUUUUACCCACAUCCUGAACCAAUUGGUACAUAUUCUUUUGCAGUAAGUAGUCAACUUUUGUUAGGGGUUGGUGUGGUGUAUGUCUGACAGCUCAGUUUAUUUUGUUUUCAAUCUUUAAGUAUGUUCUCUACCAACUGAAAGUUAUUUACAAGAUACCUGUUCAUACAGAAUUAACACGUAUGAUAAAUUUUAAAACCUUCUUUAGAAGAGCAAAGACAACUCUGUGGAGGGAGGAACCUAGAUGGUUAAGAUUUAGUAAUGGCAUAAUAAGUCUUUGGGCCAGAGUCUCGUUUACAUUAAGGCCUCUGUACACCACGGUGGGAGAAUGCAGGACGUUAAAAUGAAUGUAAAUUUAAUUUAUGCACCCUUUAAGGCCUCCUUACCUUGCAAGUGGGAUAAAGGGACCUUAGUGUAAAGGAAAAUCAGGUCCUUUCACCUCUAGGUUUCCAGUCCUACUCCCCUAUUCUAUUCCUUGUCACCAAACAUUUGGUGUUCUCAAUUCAAUUUCUAAUUAACUUGCAAUUAACUGGUAAUAAGUAAAUGGCAAAUUAAUUACCAUAGCUUUAAUAUCAGUUUAAAG